CCCACCUUUCCAUUUCAUGGCGCUAGCGAUGGAGGAGGUGGUGGCCAUGGCGAUGACCUCGCCCCUGGGGCCGGCCGUCCCCUCCUCUCCUGCCGGCGCAUCCUUCCGGGACCUCCUCCCCCACUUCCGCUACUUCUACACCAGCGCACCCACCAGCCCCGCCCACGCCGCCGGCCUCUACGGUUGGGAGGCGACUGACGCGCCGACGAGCCCUAAACCGGAAGAAGGUGAUACUGACUUCGCCUUCUACACCCAAUCGGAGGGGGAGUGGCCGAUGCAGCCCUUCGCCACCGCCGACGAGCUUUUCGAGGAGGGGAUGAUCCGCCCCCUGAUCCCCAAUCCGCGGUAUUGCGCAUCGAGACCAAACCUCAGUUCGCCUGGUGCUUCGAUCAUGAUCGAAGCAUCGAGAAGAGAUCGAGGGAGGGGCAAGUAUUCCGCCCCUGGCGGCGGCGGGAGCGGCGAUGCGCCGCUUGCUAGGGGGCAUCGAGGAUCGCGAUCGCUCUCCCCGACGAGGAGAGGCGAAGUCUUCUCCCCCAAAUCCCCAGAUCCCUCCUCCGCCCUGCUGAAGGGCGGCGGAGGCGGGAGCAAGAAGUGGAAGCUCAAGGAUCUGUUCCUCUUCCGCAGCGCGUCGGAGGGCCGCGCGACGGGGAGGGGCAGCAGGGACCCUCUCCGCCGGUACUCCGCUCUCCCCCGCGGCCCUGCCGGAAACGCACCGUCCCCGCACGAGGCGUACUACUCGGCGCACCGAGCGGCGUCGGAGGAGCUGAAGAAGAAAACGCCGCUUCCCUACCGCCGCCAGGGCCUGUUCAGCUGCCUCGGCCUCAGCCCGGCCGUCGACGGCCUCAAAAAAGGUUUCAGUGCCUCCUUCUUCUCCCCUAAAUGAUCUGCCCACUUUCUGUUUGUUCAUGUUCCUGUGCACCAAACUCUCUUCUCCCAAGAUCUACAAUUCCGAUCCCGCUACUGCAUCUUCUCGAUCGACCAACAAUCUGAAUCACAAAUCUACUCAAAAUCCAAACUUUGCAGUUCUAAUCGAGUAAUUCCAAUGUUUAUCAUCUUUGAAGAUUAUCAAAAACUGGCAAUUCCUUUCACUCUACCAACCACACAAAUCACUCACUCGAUUCCAGUUCAUAUGCUUACUGGUAUGGAAGUGGCAAAGGCAUAAACAAAAAAUUGCAGGCACAUGCUCUGUUUGGUGCUUUUGGCAGGAAGUAGUGUCAUCUAUUGUUAAUCUAAUCUCCAGACUGUUAGGUUUUGUUCUGAUCAUGAGCUUGUGCACAUUCCACUGCUGGUUAGGUUGCACACCAGCCACAUCACUUCCUCAUGUCAUUUAAGACCUUUAACAGCAGAGAUGAAGCUGCACUGAGCAGGCAGCAUUUGUUGUCAUUCAGUGAACUGCUCCAAUGGUAUGGCUUGGCCCUCUUCAAUGCUUAGUUUUUGCCGGAAGUAAUUUGCUUAGGGAACAAUUGCUUCGGCAACUUAGGCUAGUAGAUAGGGCCAUCAAUUAACCAAACCUUUAUAAGCAAAUUUAGUGUUUGAUUUGAUAAAAA